UUCACUUACAGCUUUGCUUGAAGCGAAAAUCGUUAGUUCGACCUCGCCUCGUCACCAAGUGGAGGCUUUUCCUUUUGCCUGUUGUCUCCACGCUUGAGUGGUAAAUUCAAAUGGCUUGCUCGGACUUUUCGCGCCUGUCAAUAAUUUAGCGGCUUUUCUCGUAGCGGGUGCGACCUGUUGAUCACAAGCCAAAUUAGGAAAACCAGCUCGUUGGCAUUUGUAAACGAACGAAGUCACCAAGUUCUUCACCGACCGCUUAGAUUUGAACGCAGCUUUAUUUAGGAGAUUUUUUUUGUAUUGCAAGAUGUUGCGUUAACCCCCAUCUCUCGAACAUUAUCUAUUGGUGUCAACUUCACAAGGAAUGGACGUUUUAAUGGAUGUUUUAGGCUAAUCAGUGUUGCGAGGAUCAAGGGAUAAAGAAAUAUGGGAGUUACUUCACAAGAUUAUAUGGCUUCCUCUCCGGGCAGCUGUCGAUUAUUGGUUCUUAGAAUUCUUGUUAUAUUUUACUCAAUUUACUGCCUUGAUGCACAACAACCACAAGGGGCUCAAAAGCCACACAUUAUAAUGAUAGUUGCUGAUGACUUGGGUUGGGAUGACGUCAGUUUCCACGGUUCGCCCCAGAUCCCGACACCCACUCUUGACGGCUUGGCGAACUCGGGGGUAAUUCUAAAUAAUUAUUACGUGUCGCCCAUGGACUCGCCUUCAAGAGCAGCAUUCAUGACAGGAAAAUACGCCCUGAAUUUAGGGCUUCAGCACGACACGAUCCACAAUAGGCAGCCAUUUGGAGUGCCACUUAAAGAAAAGCUUCUGCCGGAACAUUUGAGGCAGUUAGGAUAUUCAACCCAUGCUGUAGGAAAGUGGCAGCUGGGUUUCUUCGCUAAAGAGUUUACCCCCACCUACAGGGGAUUUGAUUCCUUCUACGGCUUCUGGACUUCCGGUCAAGAUUACUUCAGUCACGUGACUUAUGACGGAAGUUAUGGGCUGGAUUUGAGAAGAAACUUGGACGUCGUGUACAAUGAAACAGGUACUUAUGGCACAGAUUUGUUUACUCGCGAGGCUGACAAAGUUCUGAAUGGUCACGAUGGUAGCAAGCCGUUGUUUCUUUACUUCGCUCAGCAAGCCGUCCAUGUUGGUAAUAAUAACAAUCCACUCCAAGCACCGAAGAAAUAUCUCGACCGACUCGGCUACAUCGGCGACGAGAAAAGAAGAACGUUUGCAGGUAUGGUGGCAGCUUUGGACGAGUCAGUGCGUCAGAUUGUGACGACAUUAAAAAAGAAAGGUCUCUAUGAUAACUCCAUCAUCAUAUUCACCACUGAUAACGGAGCAGCCGCUGGUGGAUUGGACGCCAGCGCGGGCUCCAACUAUCCGCUCCGAGGUUCCAAGAACACUUUGUGGGAGGGUGGAGUGCGUGGGGUUGGAUUUGUCCACAGUCCACUUAUAAAGAAAAGAGGGCGAGUAUCAACUGCCUUGCUACAUGCUUCAGACUGGUUACCAACCUUCUACGCUCUGGCUGGAGGCGACGUGAAAGGCCUGGGACCAAUUGAUGGUUUCAAUGUAUGGGAGACCAUUUCCAGUGAUGCCCAGUCUCCGCGUUACGAGAUCCUACACGGUCUUGAUUCGCUGAAAGAGAAGAAGGCGGCUCUGAGGAUUGGGGACUACAAAAUGAUAGUUCACCAAAACCGCAGUUUCUACAGCGACUGGUACCCAAGGCCAGAAAGCUCGCACGAGUUAGAUCAAGUUCCUAAGCCAAGUAAUCUUAAGGAUGCAUCCGUCGAUUGCACAGUUAAACACCCGCAUCCACUUUUGUACACAAAAGCGCCAAUUUGCAAUCCCGAGAAAAAGCCCUGCUUGUUUAACAUCAAGUGGGACCCGUGUGAGUAUCAUAACCUGGCUGAUUUUAUGCCCAACACCUUGAAAGUCAUGAUUGACCGGCUGAAGUUCUACUACCGCAAAUCCACGCCCCCUGUCUACCCCCAAGCGGAUGAUAGUGCAAAUCCAGACAAACACGGGGGAGUCUGGUCCCCAUGGCGGGACAAACCCUAUAUCGAUCAAACGAUGAACGACUAUGUUUAUCCAAAUUCAUACUAUGACUCGCCAAAAUUGUCGCCCAGCAACCCUUCGAAAAACCAGCUUGAUCUGUUUAUGAGCGAUCAGGGCGGUGUGACUGCCCCGAAAGCGGAAGCACCUUCGCAGAUCGAAGAUAUUAUCAUUAAUUUUCGGGAUCAAAAUCCCGCUGUUCAUAAACACAGUGCUGUGUCUCCUACAAAGGCAACUCCAGCAACAACAGCGAGCACGCCUGUUGUACAAACCGUUGCGAUGACAACACAGACAACAUCGACAACCGCUUCCACUGCCCCGACAGCCGCUCCACAGACUGUGGCACCUCCGACAGUGAUUACCAUGUCCACGGCCGCUCCACAGACUGCGGCACCGCCGGCAAUGACCACUGCAAGCCCUCCCUCAUCCAUCCCUCCAGCCAUUGAGUCCAUCGUGUCGAACAAGAAGUUGGAUUAUUCAGCGCAAAGACCAAAACCUUUCCGACCGACUGGUUUCCUUAAAGGAUUCUUUCAGCACCAGAUUAUGACCAGCCCCCCUCCUCACUAUGCAGCGGGCUCACGGCUCAUCCCUGACACUGUGAAAGAAGUUGAACAUAUUGUCCAGGAGCAGCAGAGUCCGCAGCGCGCCAAGCCUGUCAAAUACUUCAACCCGCUGACUGUUCGACCAACUACUGAAAUGCCCGCAGUACACGUCUGGCCUAAUCAGCAAUCUUUCGUCCCCGAGGACGUGCAAAACGUCAUUCGUCAGCACGGCUUCACGAAGCACCUCGCCUCGAGUCACGUGGAAGAGGUCUCUAUGCUUCCUUCAGAAAAACCACCGGUGAAAAUGACUCAUAAAACAGCCAUGUUCGGUGGGCACUCGGACAAGGUUAGCACGCUGCCGGAGAUUCUCGAUAUAAUCGAUGAGUCGUCGGUGCCGAGCGCGUAUGCGGCCGGUGGCAGCGGUCAGCCUGAGAUUCCGAAGAUCUUCGACAUCAUAGACGAAGAGCACAAGCAACAAAACAAAGUGAAGGAUUUCUCCUCACACAAACAAGGGCCAAUAGCAACUAGCAAAUUACUAACCAGCAAAGACGUGGGCUCAGGAAUGGGCGUAGGACUGAACGGGUUACCGGAAGGUAUUUCAGUGUUCGGUAAAUUGGGAGAUGAAAAAAUUCUUUCCAAAUCACAUGAGAGCACGGCAAGAGGAAGGGAGCAUAUUGUCGCGAAAGAAAAGCCUGAAAAGAAAAAGAAAAAGACAGGUGUUCAUAAAUUCAUCGGCAACAUCACCAUCGACGGCCGCCGCUAUCUUGUCGUUGGAACGGAAAGCGAGGAGAUCGACUCAGUGUCGACGCAAAUGGAAGGCGACAGAAUCACUUUGCAUCUUCCCAAAUCCAAGAAAACUAACACUCACAGCCAAAAAUCCAAAAAUAAAAGCAAAUCCCCCGAGAGUGCAGACAGCAAGUCAGAAAUCGGAGAAAUCACCGACUACAUCGACUUGGAUGAAGACGACAGCGAAAAACCGACCAACAAAACGCUUGCAGCUCACAACAUCACGGCCGUGGCGACCGCCGGCAACAACACUAAGUGCGAAAAAGUCGUUCAACUUGACACCUCCGAUAAUGCUGUCGUCGUGUCCUCGGUUGUGAUCGUCGUGAUCGCUUCGGCUAUGGUCGUCGGCGUUGCUGUUGUUGCUAUGGUUGCGGUGGUUGCUAGGCACUGUCAAAACGCUAGGAAUUGAUUUUAUUUCUUUUGAUUGUUUUUUCGCAGAGAGCUGACUUAUUUUUAUUGUUAAAGUGUGAUUCGAAAUGUACAGAGAGUAGAAGUUAUAAGAUAGAGUAAAAAGUAUCUGAAACAAUAUUAAUUCAUCAGAUUGUCUUGUUUUUAAGGUACUGAUUAUUCAAGAAUACGUAACAGAAUCUUAAUCCUUCCUUCCGUUAUUUAAGUGUUUUAAGCUAAGUUCUGAAAGAGAUUUUAAAUUAAAAUUAGAUUAAAAGCGUAACCUAGUUCAUUUAGAACAGAAUUACUACAUUUCCUAAAUACUACUUUAUAGAAUAACCAUCAAGCACAUGUUUAACGAAUACCAAAAGUAAUUCUACAAGAUUUCACCGACCUCGUGAGUUCUGUUUUUCAACUGGAGAAGUUUCACUGAUUAAACGUCACACGUCACGUGAUAUUCUUCAGCAAUGCAUCAUUGUGGAGAGCUCUCGCUUAAAGUAAACUUGGUUAAUAAGAUCGGUUGUCACUUUUUCAAGACCGAUUAUUUUAUCUAGUCACACUAAAAUUAAGCAUCUUUCAAGAUUGUGUCGUGAAAUGUUAUGCUUCUCCACGUCGACAAAGUUCGUUUUUUGUUCACCAGUUUUUUUUAUCGGCCAUUAGGAAGAACAUCGCACCUUGCAAGGCAUUAUGGAUGGUUCACUGUGACUGUUUAAUAGGCCCUUUGCAGGAUCCGAUCACAUGGUACGGAAUUAAUUACGCUGGGACGC